GGAAAAACCCUUCGCAGGUGCUUUCGGGAACAAUCCUAUCAAAUAUACCUUAUUGUUUUGAUAGUUGUUUUGAUGAUAGAUGCAUGCUACAUUUCCAGAAGCAAGUGAGCUUGAGGCGCGCACGCACUGCUUGAAGCAACUCUUGGCAAAGUCAUUGCUCCUUGCGCAGGGCUUGCUAGGUAUGUGUAGAACGCUGAGCCGGCCAGACUUUCCGCAGGCACUUUGCUGAUGCCCCAGGUGAGUAGCCCAAAACGGCCCGCAAAGACCAUCGAAUCCCAUGGCUGCGCUGAGCAACCAUGGGCUAUUUGUAGAAGGUCAACUUGAUGGCGUUUGGCUCAAUGCUGAUUGCCCAUGGGAAUUUUACACGGUGACCGGCCAACGAGUGAUAAGGGCCAACUCCCAGGGCUUUCGAGAGUUCAGUAUCCGAUGGGAUCCAGGCAGGCUUUCCUGGCAGUGGGGCAGACAUGGCCGUCUCACCAUGCAGUGGCUUGGGGUUGACUCCAUCGCAUGGGUUCCUGACAUGUCCUGUGAGCACAGCCGUGUGUGGCGCUGGCGGCGCGUGCGCCAGCAUAGCCACCACCCUCGCCGAGAUCGGAGCCGCAGCAGAAGCCGGAAUUGGCAUAGAUCUUACCGUCGCAGGUGCUGGUGUUGCAUUGGGCAGAGGGGCGAAGCGUCGCUUCCAUGCGGUCUGACUCAUCGAGAAGUCUACAGUUUGCUCUCCCGUGAGAUUACCCCAGAGGACUACGAGAUGCUGCUGCGGCUUGAUGAGGCGAUCCCGAAGAAGCAAGCCACAGAGAAGGAGACCAACGAAGCUCUACAUGUCGUCUCUUGCGAGGAAUUUCUGGGCAAAGAAUGCCCAAUUUGUUUGACGCGCUACUUGCAGACUGACGACGUAGCUGCUUUGCCAUGCUGCCAUGACUUCCAUAAGGAAUGCAUUUGCACUUGGCUGUCCAACUACAGGAAGACUUGUCCCCUUUGCUGCACUGAACUUGAAAGCAGCGCGUGAUGCUUAAGCACACGCUAAGAUGCAAAACCUGCACAAAGAUAGGAAUUCAAUUCGGCCAAAAUCAGGCAGCUUGGAUUUUUGUGCUUUUGGCACAGCCGUGCUCUGCCAUUGUCACAUAUUGCAAUUCUGGUCACUGAGGGAAGCCGUGCGCAGGGAGAAUGAUGGAGAAUCGAGAAUCACAGCACCUGGUGACGGCCUUUGGAAACGUAAAUGAGAGUGUCCCUGCGCUCGGCGCGCUUACAGGCAGCUGUUCCAGUUGCAGCGCGUGUACAUAGAUUUUUGUUUUUGUCAGGGUGCGACAUUCAGCAUCCCGCUUGCCAAUCCCGCCCAUUCGUGCUGGGAGGUGCAAUCGCACUUCUUUGCUUGGUCAACCUUGAUGCGUAUGGGCUUCUCUUCGCUGAGAGCGCUGCUAGUGACUAAGAGCCUGCAGACGACUGAGGGGCCUAGUUUAAAGUGUAAGCGAUCCAAAAAAAAAUGUGAUUGGGGUGCCUGGAGGGAA